AUGGUGCUUCUCACUUCCUCCACUGUCUCAGUCAUUCUGUCGACAGGGGUGAUCUCCAUCUUCACCAUCCUCCUCUUUCUCUCCGGAUACACGCUGCAGCAACAAUCCGUCCGAAACAUCCAGCAUGCGCUUCGCCCUCCAGCACCCCCAGAUCCCAAGAUAGGCCACGGAUCAGCAGGAUCGUCAUUCCCUGGCGCAAAGCGAAGCCUCUUAUCCGACCUCGUUCUCGAUGACAGCGCAGGCAAUACUGUCACCCAAUCCCGGACGGGCGGAAACUACGCCUACCUCCAACUCCUCUCCACCCCCGACCCAUCCAACAUCUGCUCGGCCAUCCUAUUCUUCAAACAGCUCGCUUCCAACAACACCGCCGUGCAAGACCGUCUCUUCAUGUACCCACAGGAAUGGGACAUGUUAGCCGCCACCAACCAGCUCUCCCACCCCGUCUCGACAGCACUGUCCCUGCUGCGCGACGCAAGCCUCAAAUACGGCAUCUGGCUGCUCCCCAUCGACAUGACCGCCGCCACCUCCGCCGGGUACGCGCCCACGGACACCAAGCUGCUCCGGCUCGGCCAGAUCCAGUUCAUGCAGUACGACAGCGUCUUGUACGUCCAGACCCCGGGCAUGCUGCUCGACACGGGGAAGUUGGACGAUGUGCUUCUCUCCCGUCCGCUGCCUCUGCGUCAUGACCCGUCCCGUACGGAGUCCUUCAACAACGAGGCUUGGAUCCCCAUGCCGCUCAGAGCGGACCGCGACGCGACCUUACCUCCGGUGUAUCUGAUCACCGUUAAUAAUGUCGGUAGUGGACACAUCGAGGCGCGUGGCCAUGUGCCCAAUGUCGCGCUUCCGGGCUUUGGGAAGUUAGUCACGGGCCCGGAGGGGGCGCGGUCUUCUUCGCAGGAUGAAGAUGAAGAUGUCCAGACACAGCCCGGGUAUGUGUUCUUUGAACAUGACAAUGAUGGCCAUGUCAAGUGGGCUAAGAACCCGCUGUUUGGCGCUUGGAGGGCCCAGCAGUAUCAAGUCUGCGAGGGACUGGAUUUUGAUGACGUGCAUGAUGAUGAUUUGUAG